AUGUCGCACAAUAAUUCUUCUAAUGUUGGCCUGUCAUCGACUCUCCAUCGAAAAUGGAAAGCCGACUGCUCCGAGAUUGUGAAAGGAAACGAGGCCGAGAUCAAACGCGUGGUGAGAAUACUAAGUCAUCAGCGCAUGAUUAUUAACCAUAAGCCUAAGAAACCACUGAUGCCGCUAGAUAUUGAUGUCUUGAGGUGGACUCAAGAUUGCACAACUUUUAGGCGUAUCGGAGAUUAUCCACAGUAUCCCUUGUCCGAGGAAGAGUCGGCUUUCCCUAUAGCUUACAUUAUGGUGGUCCACAAGCAAUCAGCACAGGUGGAACGCCUCUUGAGGGCGAUCUAUCAGCCUCAGAACAUUUACUGCAUCCACAUCGACAAUAAAUCGCCCGAGGACUUUAAAGGCGCCGUCGCGGGUUUCGCCAGGUACUUCGAAAAUGUCUUCGUGGCAUCCAGGACUGUGUCGGUGCAAUAUGCAGGAUUCACGCGCCUUUUGGCCGACAUCAACUGUAUGAAGGACCUGACGGGACCCACAGCGCUCGGUUACCCGUGGAAGUACGUGAUCAACCUCAGUGGGCAGGACUUUCCUCUGAAGUCCAACUUGGAGAUAGUGAGGAAACUCCAAUCUUACGAUGGCCACAACGAUAUUUGUGUAGAUGAGCCUCCUUCGUAUAAGCGAAAAUGGACGGGCUAUCACCACGUGGUAGAGGACGGGCACGUUGUGAGAACGCGACAGCGCAAAGAGCCGGCUCCUCAUAACAUGACGGUUUACGCCGGUUUGGCCUACUACAUCGCCAGUCGCCGGUUUGUCGAUUAUGUCUUGAACAAUCAGACGGCCAAGGAUCUGCUGGAGUGGACCAAAGACACAUACAGCCCGGACGAAAAUUACUGGGCGACCCUCCAAGCAGCUAAAGGGACUCCGGGUGGACGCUGGCAGGCUCCAAAUGGGACGGCUGUGCGCUUCAUUCGCUGGUUUGGCCGCUAUAAGGUGCCAGUAUGCCGCGGACACACCAUCAGGUCAAUAUGUGUAUUCAGCAUGGGGUAUGUUCAGUAUCUUGUGUCCCAGAUACAUCUCUUUGCUAAUAAGUUUGACUACACAUUUGAUCCAGUGGCUUUGCAGUGUUUGGAAGAGCACAUUGAGAACAAUACUCGCCAUACAAUCACAAAUCAUGAGAGCACGGUCUCAACAACUACCUAAAACAUUAAUAUCUGACAUGACCGACGACCUGAACUCUAACUUUUCA